GCGGGCAUUUUUUUCCCUUCAUAUAAACAAAACCCGGCGGUGAGACGAGACGGUUGGUUCGGCUCCCGUUGAGGGAAAGACACAGCGCAAACUUGACCGGACGAUUUUUAAAAAAAUAUAUAUAUAUACACACACACACACACACACGCGCGCACGGGGAGAUUACAUUACAUUACACCCAAAAAAAAAUCAAUCGUCAAAGCGUAAAAGUUUUCGUCGCGCGCAAAAAAAAAAUAUAUAUAUACAUAAACAAAAAAAUAAUACCACGCAACACGCGCACACACAAAAAAAAAACGGGUCACUUCGCCUCAGCUUCAGCGGCGGCGGCGGCAGCAGCAGCGGCGGCGGCGGCGGCGAUGAUGAUGAUGAUGGACGCGGUGAGCAUGACGAACAUCGAGCGGCUGAUCGAGGCGGCGCAUUACCUGGAGCGGCGCGACCGAGAGGCAGAGCAUGGCUACGCUUCUCUGCUGCCCUACAAGAGACAGGAGUUGCCCAAGAGCAAGAGCAAGAGUAAAGGCAAGAAAAGUCCCAGCAACAGGUCGAUGCACAAUGAAAUGGAGAAAAACAGGCGCGCUCAUCUUCGACUCUGCUUGGAGCGUUUGAAAGAAUUGGUGCCACUGGGGCCCGAGACCGCGAAACACACAACCCUCAGUUUACUAAUGAGAGCCAAAUUACACAUCAAGAAACUUGAAGAGAGCGACCGAAGGGCAGUUCACCAGAUCGAUCAGCUGCAGCGGGAACAGCGGCACUUGAAGCGGCAGCUGGAGCUCCUGGGCGAAGGGAGGAUCCGAAUGGACAGCACAAGUUCCACCAUUUCAUCAGAUCGAUCGGAUUCUGACCAAGAAGAAAUUGAUGUGGAUGUGGAGGGCACCGACUGCAUGUCGGGAGACGUGGACUGGAGUAACAGCAGUGUGAGUGACUUUGAUGAGCAAAUCAGUGUGAAGAGUAGCUGCAGUGAUGAAGGCUAUUUCAGUACCAGCUUCAAGAAGGUGAAACUUACCCCCUUCCCUCACAGCAAGACCUGCACCAGCCUAUAAGGGAAACCAGCAUAGCUGCAGAAUCAACUGCAUUUUACCUGAUGAAUGCAUUGCUGCUGCAAAGUUGAACUUUUACCAAGUAGCACAACAUAUCUUUCUCUUUUCUUCUUCUCCUCUACCCUAUUCAUUGCUCUGCAUUGACUUCCCGAAGACGCAUUGGUUUCUGGCCUGUUGAAGAUUGGAACGAGAGAAGGACGAUUCGGAGAGGAAAAGGAUCGGGUUUCUUCCUCGAAGACUCAUCUCAUCUCAUCUCAGGUCCUGCUUUGCUCUGUCGUGUUCAUUGACUCACUUGUUUUCCUCCUUUUUCUCCCCCCCCCCCCCACCACCAAUAUUUUCGCAUUAUAUUGCACAUGCAUAACUCCAUUAAAUUUGGAAGCACUUAAACAUUUGCAUUAAGUGCUGGGGAGGAGGUCGGUUUUAACGGCCUCCUGCCCAGCACACAGGCACUGCUUUAUAUCAUGUGGAUAAAUCUUUCCUUGACUGGU